AUGGCCGCCGCCGCCGACGAAUCGCUAUACAUGGUGUCGCAGACAUCGUUGCUAGAAAAGGAUGAUGAGCUCGACUCGUUGCCUUCUCUCUCGACUGACGAAAUCUACUCGGACGACGAGGACGAUGCGCAAGCGGAGUGGGAGCGCAGCCUAGAGCAGGUACAAAUGCUGCUCACCAUGGUACUAGUGCCGUGGAUGGGCAAGUUUUUUGGCCGAAAAUUUGCCUACUGGAGCUGGGCCAGAUACAUGAACUGGGCACACGGUGUCGAGGUUGCAUACACCGAUAAAAAGGCAUUCAAUGUGAUUGGUGCAGUGGAAGCUGCUCGAUCAUUAUAG